AUGAGGCCAGUGGACGUUACACCCGAGCGUGUCCUGGAGGUAUAUAAUAACUUGUACCAUGGACUUAAGCCCACAAAUAACAAAACAAAGUUUAAAGUAGGAGACUAUGUCCGAAUCAGUCGUGAAAAACAAACCUUUGAAAAAGGGUACACGUGGAACUGGAGCGAGGAGAUAUUUCAAAUCGUUCAGGUCAUUCCUCAUUCGAUGCCGGUGUACAGGCUGGAAGAUCUCGAUAAAGAUGCGAUUCAAGGCACGUUUUAUGAGGCAGAGCUUCAGAAGGUCACCAAGCCCAAGACGUUCAAAAUAGCAUAUAUAGUGCGCUCCAAAGGCAAAAAGGGUAGUCGUCAGCACUUUGUUCACUGGAGAGGUUAUCCUGAAAAAAGUCGCUCCUGGAUUUUGGAUUCUAAUUUAGUAUAA